CAGAUGGCUGUAAAUGAAACUCUUACUCAUUAAGGGGAAAAAGGUGUUCCACAAAGAGCUUUUAAGGAACCCAAACGCCUGCACAACAUUUCUGUACACCAUUACUUACCUGCUGCACAGUCCUUUUCUUUAAGGAGAAACUUAGUUCUUGAAGAGAAUGUUGUCAGAAGGGUACCUUUGCAUAAUUCCUUAUCAUAAUCUCAUGAAGCUCAGUAGCAAUCAAGGAGAAGAGACAGUACAUGAGAUGAGGUCUUUGAAUGGUAUCACCUACGAAUCGGCAGAGGAAACACAGGGCAGAAAUCUUUUUUGGAGGUGUAGGUCUGUUGGCAAGUUCAUCUUCUCUGUUUGUUCCAAUGAAAACAGAAACAGUAAAAGACAGUUGGAUACUCUGACACAGGCUACUCAAAACCCAGUAGCUGAAAGGGAAGUAUCUGAAGCUGUGGAAAUCUGUAUGGGACCUGCUAUAAACAGAGUCACUUACCUAGUUCCAUCUUCUUGUAAAAGCAUUUGCAAGAAUUACAAUGACCUGCAUAUUGCUGGUGACCAGGUGCUGCCUAUGAGCUCAAUAAAAACAGAUGUUACUUAUGACAGCGGAAUAGGCCCAUUCUUGGAGUCAUCAGAGAUCCCACCACCAAUGGAAUCCAUAUCAAUGCCACCUGCUGAGGUCCCUCGCAAGCCAACCCAAAGGUAUUCAUCAUGCUGGAGAGUGGCCAGCAUCAUGCAACACCAGCAGCCCCUCUCUAAUUCACUACUGAAUAACUACUUGGAGGAGAAGGUGGUAGAGCUGUACAAACAGUAUAUCAUGGAUGGCAUGGGCAACAGUGCAUCCCCCACUCAGAUCUUGGCAUCAGAGUUUAUCAUGACCAAUGUAGAUCAAAUCAGCAUGAAGCUAUCACAAGAAAGGAACAUGAAGACCACUAAAGCCAAAGAUAUGGUCAUUAACUGCCUAUUGCGACUAGCCAGCGGGAAAGUCUCCACUGAAAUGAGCACUCCUAGUCUGCAUAUUUCCCAGUUAAGCACUGUAACUAAAUAA